GGCCCUCAGCGCCGCCGCCGCCACCCCGGGCCGGACUCCCCGCUCCAGCGGGAAGGAGGCGACAUGUCCAAGAAAAAGGGACUGAGUGUUGAAGAGAAGAGAACUCGUAUGAUGGAAAUAUUUUUUGAAACAAAAGAUGUGUUCCAAUUAAAGGAUAUGGAGAAGAUUGCUCCGAAAGAGAAAGGAAUUACUGCCAUGUCGGUAAAGGAGAUCCUGCAAAGUUUAGUUGAUGAUGGUAUGGUGGACACUGAUAGGAUUGGAACUUCCAAUUAUUUUUGGGCUUUUCCAAGUAAAGCUCUUCAUGCCAGGAAGCGUAAAUUGGAAGCACUGGAGACUCAGUUGGCUGAAAGUAGCCAGAAGAAAGAGAGGUUACAGCAAAGCAUUGAGAAAUCAAAAAUCGGACGCCAAGAGACUGCAGAACGUGCUGCCAUAACAAAGGAACUUGCUGCUCUCCGGCAGAAAAAAGAGCACCUAAAGGCAGAAAUAGACCAAUACAAAGAAUGUGAUCCAGAUGUUGUUGAAGAAAUCCGUCAAGCAAACAAAGUCGCCAAGGAAGCAGCCAACAGAUGGACUGAUAAUAUCUUUGCAAUAAAAUCUUGGGCCAAACGGAAAUUUGGAUUUGAAGAGAACAGAAUUGACAAAAGUUUUGGGAUUCCAGAAGACUUUGACUAUAUUGAUUGAUGUGAUACUGACACCAGUGUACAUAUCUUAUUUAAUAUUGCUCAGCUGACAUUUGUCUGUGUUGCUUUUCAAAACCAAACCAAACACCCCCUUGUAUUAGUUGCACUUUUCA